AUCGUCUCAACUACAUGAUAAACUACUUAUAUCAUGGCCGCCGCGGUUCGAGAUGAGGUCGAAUAGAUUAUUUUUCAAGCAAAACAUAGAAUUAUUUGGGUACUUGGGUUAGAUUCCGCCGCGUCUCCCUUCUUUUUUAUUCAACUCUUAUAGAUCAUCAUCAGCUCGUAGUUCAACACACCACAAGCUCAACCAGCCAUGUCUUCUAACUCGACUACAAACGGAACACCCGAAAUGAAGAACGACGGCAGCGGUAAUAAUCCGGAGCCGAUCGCCAUCGUCGGCAUGGGUUGCCGAUGGCCGGGAGACGUCCAAGACGCUUCGGGCUUGUGGGAGCUUUUGAAAAACAAGCAGACCGGCUACCGAGAAUUUGGGGAUCACCGCUUCCCCCUUAGCGGUUUUCACCAUCCCAACCCAGAUCGCCCAGGGAGCAUCGCGACUCGCGGAGGUUUUCUGCUGGCGGAGGACCCCCGCCUAUUUGACCCUGCCUUCUUCGGAAUGACACCCCUAGAAGUAGAAACGAUGGAUCCCUCGCAGAGAAAGCUCCUCGAAGUCGUAUACGAAGCAUUCGAAAAUGCUGGAGAGCCGUGGGAGAGUUUCUCCGGAUCGCGUACCGGCGUGUUUGUUGGCAACUUUAGCACUGACCACACCCUGAUCGCGGGAAGGGACCCGGAUCACCCCCGACCCUAUGCGAGCACCGGAAGCUCCAUCAGCAUCCUCAGUAACCGCAUUAAUUAUAUCCUUAACCUGCUUGGCCCAAGUGUUACUCUCGAUACCGCAUGCUCAUCAUCCAUGUAUGCGCUCCAUCUCGCCGUUACGGCCAUUAGGAGCGGUGAUUGCGACUCCGCCAUCGUGGCCGCUUCCAACUGCAUCAUGGACCCCAGCGCUCAGCUCAUGAUGACGAAGCUAGGUGUAUUGUCACCUACUUCCACCUGUCACACCUUUGACGCCUCAGCAGACGGCUACGCUCGCGGUGAGGGUUUCGCCGCGCUUUACCUGAAAAAGGUAUCCGACGCUGUCAAGGGCGAUUUCCCCAUUCGCGCCGUAGUCAGGGGUACCGCCAUCAACGCCAACGGUCGUACGGGCGGUAUCACGCAUCCUAGCAAUCUGGGCCAGGAAGCGGUUAUCCGCCAGGCUUACCAAAAUGCUGGAAAUCUUCCUCUAGGCGAUACAACAUACUUCGAAUGCCACGGUACCGGAACUCCUGUCGGAGAUCCGAUCGAAGUAUCUACCAUCAGCGACGUUUUCUCUUCCGAGAAGUCGGCAGACGACCCGCUGUAUCUUGGUUCCAUCAAAACUAACUUGGGCCACACUGAAUCCGCAAGUGCCAUCGCCGGAAUCAUGAAGGUUGUACUGGCGCUAGAACAUGGAGUCAUCCCCCCUAGCGUCGGGGUUAAGAACCUCAACCCCAAAAUUGACCUAGAAAAGGCCAAGGCAGUCGUGCUGCGGGAAAUGACGCCCUGGCCUGCCGGCAAGAUUCGCCGCGCCAGUAUCAACUCUUUUGGAUACGGUGGUGCUAACGGCCACUGCAUCAUCGACCACGUUAACAAUGUCAUUCCCAACUACGUUAAGCCCGGCGUUUACGCGGCACCUCAGAAGCCUCUGGCCGACGUGGUCGAGAUUGAUGGUCCCAUCGACAGCGAAAUAGUGCCACCGCACUAUCCCCUCGCAAAGGAAGUCAAAUCGGUGCGAAAGGCCGACGCCGUCACUCGCGACUUGGUUGUCCUCCCAUUCUCUGCUCACAAUGAGGCUUCUCUCAAAUUGAACAUCGCUGCCUUGGCCGAUAAUAUUGGUGCUCACAACCUCGCGGAUGACGCAUACACCCUCUCAACGAAGCGCACUAAGCUGAUGCAGAGGACCUUUAGUAUCGUCAACAGAGAAGACCCGGAGCAGUCUCUUAAAGAGAGCCUUGGCAAACUUGCAGUUAUCUCAAGUUCCGCAAAGACUGCAAAGCUCGGCUUCAUAUUUACCGGCCAAGGUGCCCAAUGGCCUGCGAUGGGACGUGAGCUGCGCCAGUAUGCAGUAUUCAGGAAAUCAAUCGAGUACAUGGACUACGUCCUCAGUGCGCUCCCGGGAAAGCCCUCGUGGAAGAUCGAGGACAUCCUUACAGGCGACUGCGAGCCGGACCGCAUUCACCACCCCGAAGUCUCCCAAACCGUCUGCACCGCGGUGCAGGUCGCAUUGCUUGACCUUCUUUCCUCCUGGAACGUGCGUCCUUCGGGAGUCGCCGGCCACUCUUCGGGUGAGAUGGCUGCUACUUACGCUGCUGGCCGCAUCACGGCUGCAGAGGCUAUCGCCGCCGCAUACUUCCGAGGCCAGGCCGUAUCUAAGAACAAGCAACAAGGUGCUAUGCUUGCUGUCGGCUUAGGGCAAGAAGAGGCGCAAGAGUACCUGAUUGGUUUAGAGGAGAAGAUCAAGAUUGCCGCCGUCAACUCCCCCAACAGUGUCACGCUCAGCGGUGACAUCGACGCCGUACAAGACCUAGCUAAAAUUCUCGACCAGGAUAGGAAAUUCAACCGUCUGCUCCAGACUGGCGGAAAUGCUUAUCACUCGCACCACAUGCGAGCUCUGGGCGAAGAUUACGAGAGCCUCCUUUCCAAGGGUCUCGCUCGCGUGGCUGACCUGGGACUCGCGGACCUCAAGCAGAGAUAUCCAGCAACAGCUUGGACGUCGUCCGUUUACCCCGAGAAGGCAUCGCUCGGUAUCGACGUUAACCCGCGAUACUGGAGAGCCAACCUUGAGUCUCCCGUUAGAUUCUCCGACGCGGUACUACGCAUGGCUACCUCAGAGUCUAACCCUAUUGACGUUCUCGUCGAAGUCGGCCCGCACCCUGCGCUUAAGGGUCCCGUAUCUCAGAUUCUAAAGAGCGUCGACGAAACCAAGCCUUACUUCUCAACUCUCAAGCGCAAAGAAGAUGCCCAAGUUUCUAUCCUAAAUCUCGCAGGGACAUUGUUCUGCCUAAAUGCUCAGAUCGACCUGGGCCUAGUUAAUUCGGUGGAUGAGAUUGACGCCGAAGAUGGGCUGACCCUCGUCCACGGUAGCACGGCCGUAGACUUACCGCCUUAUAAAUACGCAUACGGGCCUAUCCAUUACUACGAGAGUCGAUUCAGCCAAGAACUUAGGGCUCGCAACAUUCAAAGCCACGACCUCGUCGGAUCUAAGCUUCCAGGUAACGCCAAGCUCAGGCCUCAGUGGCGUAAUAUCUUACGUCUUAAGGACCUACCAUGGCUCGGCGAUCAUAGGCUUCUGCCUCACCCGGUUUUCCCCGGCGCCGGCUACAUUGCUAUGGCCGUAGAAGUAGCUUCCCGAGCUUACAAUGAAUUGCCCGAGCCUUUCCCCAUCACCGGAUUUUCUCUGCGCAACGUCUCUAUCAGCAAUGCGCUACGCAUUCCUGACGACGACUAUGGAGUUGAGGUUCUCAUCAGCUUGGAACUUGUCGAUACUGCCACUGCAAAGGCUCCGGCCUGGACCAGCUUUUCCAUUAGCUCCGUCGUCAAGGACUCGGAUCAAUGGACUAAGCACUGCUCCGGUCUCGUCAAGGUUGAGAUAGGCGCGCCUACUCUGUCCAAGAAAUUGUCUACCGAGAUGGAUGCUAGGGCCGUUAGCACUCGCGCCUGGUAUAAGACGUUCAAGGAGAUCGGCCUGGGCUAUGGACCUGCAUUCCAGGGCCUGCGCGAAAUCCAAGCUGAUCCUGCUCGGAAGUUAGCGGUGGCUAAGGUUGCUCUCGACACAACAGCAGGAACUAUCAAGGGCGGCGAGUCGAGCUAUCCACUACACCCGGCAUCUCUAGACGCUAUCUUCCAGCUUGGCCUCAUCGCCUGCCACGGCGGACAGACAAACGUUGCUCACACUGCCUAUGUGCCGACUCACAUCGACAGGCUAUACAUCAAGAAUGGCAACACGGAGACCUGGGGUACAGCUAUCGCCGGUGGCGAGCUAAAGGGUUUGCGAGGAGCUUACGCCAACAUGCAACUAGUAAACCAGUCUGGAGAGGUCGUUAUGGACUUGCCUCAGCUUCGCUGCAUCAGCUAUACCGAGAAGCAGAGCUCUCAAGACUUAAAUAAGGAGUUCAGUGCCCCCGUGAUGCGCCUCUCUUGGAAGCCCGACGUCCGCAGCCUCAAGACGUCUCAAGCAGGAAAGCUGUUCCCCCCACCGCAGGAGAAUGUUGACAAGUGUUACUUGUUUGACGUCUUCGACAGGCUCGCCACCCUAAUGGUCGUAGACAUAUUUGAACGCUACGGCCACAAGGGAGAGCUAGCACACGCAGCCGAAAACCAGCGGGAAUUCAUGAAGUGGGUACGCAAGCGCGUGGACGACGACAAUGACUACGUUAAAGAGGCUAAGCAGCUAUCAAGCGACGAACGACAACAGCUUAUCACCAAGCUAGUCGAAGAGAACCAGCACUGCUCUGACGUCCGGAUUGCUAGGGAGAUUUUUAAUAAUAUUGACGACAUCCUCUACGAACGCAGGUCCGGUCUCGACGUCGUUGUUCCUAACGGAAUGCUCACAUCCUUGUACGAGGAAGGUAUCACUAUGACUGGUGCAUAUCCGCAAGUCUUAAAGCUCUUCGAUGCUCUAGGUCAUAUAGAGCCCAGCCUAAACAUUCUCGAGGUCGGUGCCGGAACCGGCGGCGCUACGCGUAUCAUUAUGAAAGCCCUCGCCAACGACAACGGCAUCAAGCGCUACAAGGAAUACACCUAUACGGAUGUGUCGAGCGGUUUCUUAUCCGCUGCCCGGGAAGCUAUGGCCAAGUACCGAGAUAUGAACUUCUCAGUCUUGAACAUCGAGAACGACCCGCUAACUCAGGGAUUCGAACCCGUAUACGACGUGGUAAUUGCUUCCGAAUGUUUACACGCCACGGCUAGCAUCUCUGAAACUCUUACCAACUGCCGCAGGCUCCUCAAGCCCGGCGGGAAGCUCAUCGUGAUCGAAAAUACCAGGACAAUCAUCGGCCACGGUCUGGUGCUAGGAAACUUGACAGGUUACUGGAGCGGCAUUCCGGACGGUCGCGUGGAGAGUCCCUUCUUGACUUUGGAGCAAUGGAACUCUGCUCUCGUAGCUGCCGGCUUCUCGGGAACUGAUCUCUCUUUGGAUGAUUACCCCGCCCCUUACACGACCGCUUCUACUAUCAUUGCCACCGCCGUCGAGACUAACGAGGCCAAAGCCACUCCCCAGGCCACCGAAUCCAACGUGUACCUCUUAUACUCCAACGAGAAGCCCGAGAUACUAGGCCAACUUGCUGUUGAGUUAGAACGCCGCCAGAUCAAAUUCGAGAUCCUUCCCAUCAACCAGAGCACUUAUUUACCGCUCAAUUCCCGCGUCAUCGUGUCUUUGGAGGAUGACUUCUUGAUGAUCGACGCCAACGAGCAUCACCUCCAGAUGAUCAAGAAUAUCGUCCGCAGUGCUUCCAGCACCGUCUCUCUCACAAGCACAGGUAUCGUCAAGGGAACCAACCCAGACGCUGGCGUUGCGGCAGGUCUGCUGCGCACCAUCGGAACGGAGAACCCGACGUCAAAGUUCUUGUUUGUCGACAUCGACCCUGCCAGCGACGUCAAAGACCCUAACCUGGCGAAAUCGAUCAUCGAUCGGGAACUGGCCCUGCAGAGCAAGUCUACCGGCGAGAGUGAAGAUCACGAGUUCGUGUGGCAGGAUGGCUGCCUUUGGGUAAGCAGAGUUGUACCUGACACCGCCCUCGGGGAAUUUUACGAAAAGUUAGAAAUGCAUCCUAGCCGCGCCGAAAUGCUACCUUUUGGCCGCCAUGGACCCGUUCGUGCCGCGUUCGAAACUCCCGGAAUCUUGACUUCUCUAUACUUCAAGCCUUACGAAGAGAUGUGGAAGCCUCUCCCACAAGACUGGAUUCAAGUCAAGGUUGCCGCCGUAGGUCUCAACUGGAAGGAUCUCGCCAUCUCGGCAGGUCGUUUCGACAUGAACAACUUCUCUUCGGAAUUCUCAGGCGUCGUCGACAAGGUUGGUGCCGAUGUAGUUGACUUCCGCCCGGGCGACAAGGUAUACGGUAUGGGUAAGGGUCACUUUGGUAAUUACGUACGCACGCCGGCCAGACUCGCACAGCGGAUGCAAGAGGGAGACGAUUUUGUCGACGUGGCUACGAUGCCUCUAGUGUAUAUGACGGCAAUUUACGCGUUCGAACACGCUACCAAGCUAAAGAAGAACGAGAAGGUUCUCAUCCAAUCCGCGACGGGUGGUUUGGGUCUCUGCGCCAUCCAGCUCGCCCGGUCCAAAGGAGCCGAGAUCUUUGCUACUGCUGGUACCGCCGACAAGGCCCGAUACUUAACAGAGAAAGCAGGAAUUCCGGCGUCUCACAUAUUCUCCUCGCGCGACCCUAAGGAUAUUCCCAGGCUCAUCGAAGCUAGCGGGGGUAAGGGAUUCGACGUAAUCCUCGGUACUUCGACGGGAGAUAUGCUACACGAGUCGCUCAAGCUCGUAGCACCUCUUGGAAGAUACGUGGAUGUUGGCCGUGUCGACGUUCAGAACUCGAUGACCAUGGCUUUGGAGCUUUUCCAGAAGAGCGCCACCUUUUCGUCUUUCGACUUGGGUGUCGUCAUGGACGCCAGCGCCGAGAUGGGCCGCUUAUUGAUGGAGUCCGUCGAUAAGCACUACCGCGCCGGACAUAUCGGACCGGUCAAGCCCGUUACCUCCUCGGACGUGUCCCAGCUGGAUCAAGUGCUUCUGGGUUUCUCCAAGGGCACGCACAUCGGUAAGCUGGUAGUUACCUUCCAAGAUCCAGACGCGUUGGUCAAGAUGGUCCCGCCGGUUCCACGAGCUCAGUUUGACUCCGAAGCUCGAUAUAUCAUCACAGGCGGUCUUGGAGGUCUCGGAAGAAGCAUUGUUAGAUGGAUGGUCGAGCGCGGUGCUUGCGACUUCGUCAUCUUAUCUAGGAGCGGAACUCAGUCCAGCGAAGCCCAAGCUCUCGUAGCCGACCUAGAUGCCCGGGGCAUCAAGGUGAGCUCCGUGCGAUGCGAUGUCAGCAAAGCCGACGAUGUCCGCCGCGUGUUCUUGAAAUAUUCUCAGGACAAGACCAUAAAGGGAGUCGUACACGCAGCCGUUUCCUACCAGGAUCUGUCGUUCGAUAAGCUCAGCACGGAGCAGUGGACUUCCGGCCUCGCCGCCAAGGUUCACGGAACUCGCAACUUGCACGAAGCGACAAAAUCCCUUCCUCUUGAUUUCUUCGUCAUGACCACGUCUUUAGAAUCCGUCUUGGCCCUCGCUACCCAGAGCGCUUACACGGCCGCCAACAACUUCCAAGAGAUGUUCGCCCGGUACCGUAGGAGCCAAGGCCUGCCGGCCUCCACAGCUUCUUUCGGUCUCAUUACCGACGUCGGUUUCCUCAGCACGAGCACCACUACCCUCAACCUGAUGGCCCGCAACAAGGCUCUCGGAGUGACGGAACACGAGUUCCUGAAAUACCUCGAGAUCGCGUUCCUCAACAAUAAGAUUGGCGAAGAGGCCGAGUCGUGGAGCGGGGUUCAGGAAGAUCCUCUUUCCGGGUCCACCAUAAUUACCUGCCUCGAUCCCCGCGAGAUGGCCGAAAAGAAGUUGGAGGAGAUGGCUGCUAACAAUGGGAAUAUCGGCCCUACUCCUCGCUGGUACAGCGACGCGCGAGUAGCGCAGGUGAUGCGAGCAUUCGAAGACGCUCAGAGACAUCACGACGACGACGGCGCGCAGAGUAAGAAUAAGGGCCACGGUAACUCGGCUACCGCGGAACUCCGCCAGAGCUUCGAAGAGGCGAUAGCCAAAGGUCCUGAGGAGCGCAACAAGACUCACGCGUUGGUAACGUCCGCCGUCGUAGCAACAGUGGCGCAGGUGUUAUUUAUCGACGUGUCUGGAGUAGACGCUAACCGCACGGUUGCCGACUACGGCGUGGACAGCCUGAUCGCCGCAGAGCUGCGCAACUGGUUUAACACCGCAUUCGGAGCAGACAUCAGCAUGCUCGACUUGCUGGAUACCCGGACAUCGAUGAAGGACUUGGCGGGAAUGAUUGUGGAUGGCGCUCUGGCUGCUUAAUUGGAGCGGGUAGGGACGAUGGCGCGCGAGGCCGAGAGCCACUAUGAGAUAUUUGUAUGAAAUGAUAGAUUUUCUUAUACUGUACCUAACUUAUCCAAACGAGGGGUCGG